AUGAUUAAGGAGAGGAGGGAUGAGCUUGUGCAGACGGUGUGUUCCAUGAUCAAAAGGUAUACAUCUAGCAAGAAUGAUUUAUCAAAGGGGAUGAAGACAGUGGAUGCCAUUGAGCGCCUUGGUGUUGAUUACCAUUUUGAGGACGAGAUCCGCAAGUUCAUGGAUGUCCUCAUCAGCACAUCGAUCGAUGAGAACGACCUGGCCGGAGUCGCCCUACGGUUCCGACUGUUGAGGCAGCACCACUAUGACAUUACCUGUGAUGAAGUAGUUAGGAGUUUCAAGGACGAAAAUGGUGAGCACUUCAAAGAUAAUGUGCGAUCUAACGUUAGCAUUCUACUUAGUCUGUACGAGGCAGCCCACCUCGGUAAACUUGCGGAGGACUCCCUCACCGAUGCUAUCAAAUUCACAACCAGCUGCCUCAGUUCCAUAUCAGAAGCCAACCAGCUACCUCAUCAUGUCCUAGAAAGAGUACGACAUGCCCUGGCUACACCAUCACAGCGGAGAAUGAAAAGGCUGGAGGCUAAGCUUUACAUCUCCAUCUACGAGAAGGACGAUGAAGGUGACCAAGAUAUACUUGAGCUUGCUAAGCUGGACUUUCACAUCUUGCAGCUGAUGCACCGGGAUGAGGUCAAGAGCAUAUCUCUGUGGUACAAGGAACUUAAUCCUGGCAGCAUGCUGGGUGAAUACAUUCGAGAAAGACCGGUGGAGUGCUACUUUUGGGCCCUUGGAGUGUUCUAUGAGCCAAAGUAUGCCAAGGCACGUAUGAUGUUUGCAAAGCUUAUAAAGAUGUUCUCUGUUUUCGAUGAUACAUUUGAUUCUUAUGGCACCUUGGAAGAGCUGUGUCAGUUUAAUCAAGCGGUACAAAGAUGGGAUGAAGAAGAUGCCAGACGCAUCGGGAAGUGCUACGGGUAUGUAAUGUCACAUCUUUCCAACACACUGGACCAAUUUGUGGAGGACGGAGCUUCAGCCAUAGGAAUUUCCUGCACAAAAGAGAUUAUCAAGCAUGUGAGCAGAUGCAUGUUGCAAGAGGUGGUAUGGAGAGAAGAGGGGCAAGUUCCACCUGUUCAUGACCAUCUCAGGAUAACUGCAAUCAGCACGUUCUACUGGGCAUUGGCGUGCCUUUCGUUUACUGGCAUGGAUGCAGGCGACGACGUGUUCAGCUGGGCAAUCUCGUUCCCAAAAAUCAUUGAGAAUGCAGCAAUGGUGUCACGCCUAAUGGACGAUAUUUCUGGACAUGAGUGUGAGAAGGAGAGGUCUAACGUUGCGACGGCAGUUGAUUGCUAUAUCAAAGAGCAUGGUGUCACCGUGGAUCAAGCAAAGGAAGCAUUAGGCAGCCUCGUGGAGGAGCAGUGGAGGAGCAUCAACGAGGAGUUCCUCACUAAUACCACGGUGCCUGUUGAAGUGCUGACACGUGUAGUGAACCUUGCACGGGUCAUGGAUUGCAUGUACAAGAAGCUGGAUGGUUACACCCACUCGUCGGAGACAGCAGACCCCAUAGACAAGCUGCUCAACAGCUGCGUAAACCAUUAAUUACUACGAAGGUUGAAGCUACACGCCGGACAA